AUGCAGAAGUCGAGGAAGCCGUUCUGGUUCAAAAUCUUCGAUCGGUACUCGCGCGUGGGCGUGCUGCGCAAGAGGCCGCGAUCGGGCAGCGUUGCGGUGGUGGCCUUCUUCGUUAUCGUCCCGGCCACUAUGUACAUCAUCGGUGCCUAUCCGAUGCUGCACAAGGAUCGCUUCAAAGGCCUCCAGAAGAAAGCAUCGGAGCAGUAG